AUGGUAGAAAAUAAAUUUCAUCCUCCUCUUGUCGUUCAUAAUGUCAAGAACUUCAUUCCUGUGACUCUCGAGAUGGAAAAGGGCCACUACUCUUCAUGGGUGGAGAUAUUCAAAAUUCAUUGGCGAGCAUACCAAGUCAUUGACCACAUCAUCCCUUCUACACAACGGACCACUGAGACAACCAAGGAGAAGGCGGUGGCUCGUGAUGAAGAACUCUGGUCACGCUUGGACGCUAUAGUCCUUCAAUGGAUUUAUGGCACAAUCUCAAAUGAUCUCUUGCAAACCAUCUUAGAACCGGAUUCUACUGCUCAACAAGCAUGGGAGCAAUUGUAA